UGUGUUGUCGCGAGAACUGGCGGCUUGAGGGCGUCUGCGCCAAGAAACUGAAGUGUAGGUGACGGUUCCGAGACAUCGCCGCCAAGCUGGGCACCGGGGAGAUGGCCGAGACGGACCCCAAGACCAUGCAGGACAUCACCUUGGUGGUGGAGACGCUCCUGCAACAGAUGCAAGACAAGUUUCAGAUCAUGUCCGACCAGAUCAUUGGACGGAUCGAUGACAUGAGCAGUCGCAUUGACGACCUGGAGAAAAAUAUCGCUGACCUCAUGACCCAGGCUGGAGUGGAAGAGCUGGAAGGCGAAAACAAGAUUCCUACUGCGCAGAAGAGUUGAAGGCUGCUGAUGCUCACAGUGAAUCCAGAACGUCGUUUUUCCCAAGCCAAGAGAAAACCAAGUGGCUUUCUGCAACUAACUAUUAUGUGUCGACAGGUUUAUAAAGCGUGCAUUCUUAUCACAGCCUGCAUAGUCCAUAGAGUGUCUCCUCCCCCCAACACCCCCAGUUUCUCAAACUUGGUAUCUUUACAUCUUGGUCAGUUGUCUUAAUUAUUAAACACUAAAACUUUGGCAGUUUCUGCAUAAAAUUGUCCAACUUUUUAGUGAGUUUUGAAGUCCUUUCCCAUUGUUCCUUUUGUGGUAGUUACUGUUUGAUGAAGUGGCAGAUACUUUCCAGUUAAGUGACUAGUAACUCCUCCCCUUGGCAGAAGCCGUGAUGUGAAAUGUGUACGUUUAGGGCUCGUUCAUCUUCAGCACAAGGUGACUGUUGAGCUGACGCUAGAGUGUCAGAAAUGCUUUUCCAAAUGGCCAAGAACGUUUAACAGUGGUUUGUGCCAGAGUGUCUGUCAGUUUUGCAUGAGAUUCUAGUAGCAUUGGUAGGGCCUGCCGUGCUCAUCUGGCAGGCUGUCAGAACCCAGUGACCCUGGCCUCCCUUCGAGCUACUGACUGAAAGGGAAGAGACCAUAAGACCUGAGUGAGUCCACUGCUGGUCACGUGGCUGAGAAACGCCCAGUGGCUGGUGGAGGCUCCGGUUUUUAAAAAAUUCUAUUUUACUUGAACUAUUUCUUGCCUAAAUUCUUGCACAAUGAGUUCAGUUAUUGACUAAAGAAGACAGAUAAACUCUUUACAUUUGGAAUUCCAGUGUCUGUAGGCUUAGCCUCCAGGCCACUUUUGAUGAUCUGAAAGGCAAUCCAUGUCACUGUCCCCACAAAGUGAAUUCAUACAAUAAAAACCGUGAACAGUU